AACUCAUAUUUGUAUCGUACCCGUAACCGUAUAGUGGAGCAAGACCAGCUAGAAGAAAAUAAUACAAGUGAAAGAGAUGAUAAUGCACAUAUGCCAGAUGUUGGUGCUACAUUCUCACACGACAGUUUUCUUUUGGAACAUGAUUAUGUUGAAGAUGAUCAUGAAUCUACUGAAUACGCUGAGGAAGAAGAGGCUGUAAUCGAUUAUCUCGAAAGCUCUGACGAGGAACAAGAAACAUCAAACGAACCAUUCUCCGUAAAAGAAGCUUUGCAAACGUGGGCGGUGUCUACAAAUCAAACAUAUGAUUCCAUCGAACAAGUCAUGGGUAUAAUUGGUAAAGUAAGUUCUUGCAAAUUGCCAAAAGAUGCUAGAACUUUGCUAAAAAUCAACCGCAAUCGCUCUUCGGAAAUUAUUACCGUGCAAGGUGGACAGUAUUGGUAUCGUGGGAUUCAAAAUUGCUUCAACAAAGAGUUAAGCGAUGUAAACUUUGAAGCUGAUAAAACAAUUUUACUGAACGUGUCAAUAAACGGAUUGCCCAUUGCCAAAAGCAACAAUCUACAAUUUUGGCCUAUUCUAUUUAACAUUCAUGGUGUUGCGUUCUGGAACAUGGCUCCGGUAGAGCGUUCAUCGGAGCCCCGAUUAGAAAUUGCCCCGGCGUCAAUACAUCAAGUUCUUCCGGAUCCUCCGACAACGGUGUAA